AUGAGGCACAGCUCAGUUCCUCAGAUACAGUCAGUGCCUCUAGCAAGGACGCGGCGUCAGGUAAGCCGGGUGGGCCGGAUAGAACUGGAAGACGGGUUUCUGCGACUUCAUGAUGAAAACCUACUGCUCAAGGAGUUUGCCCAGAAGCAGGAGGACAGGAUCAAGAGGCUGGGCACCAAACUGUCAAGACUCAACCACGAGAGAGCACGAGCUGGUGGGAGACCUGGGACUUGGAUCCGGAGCUCUAGCCGGAACCUGGACCUGGAGGAGGACUUGGAGGACACACAGGAGCGAGUCCGAGAGCUCGAGAGGCGCAACGAAGGGCUGAGGAACCGCCUGCACUUCUACAAACAGCAAUUGCAACUUCAGGGCUGCGGCCGCCACUGCCCCUACGGCUACGUUUCUCCUAGGGUCGACACAGGACUCAGGCGAAUGCACACAACGGCCGGGCGAGUGCCGGAGAGACUCCGCAAAGGAAUGCGGGUGCAAGGACCAGAAGUUCGGUCGACCCACACAGCCCCUCCCAGAUAUGGGGAUCGUAUAGCGGAAUCAUCCGGAGCAGAGACAGAAAGACUGUGAGUCUUGUCAGUCCACCCCG